CCCUACCGACGGCCCCGCUUCCUGCGCGGCUCCAGUUCCAGCCCCGGGGCGGCCGACGCCUCGCGCCGCCCAGACUCCCGGCCGGUGCGCAGUCCCGCGCGAGGACGCACGCUGCCCUGGAAUGCAGGCUACGCCGAGUGAGUGCCCCUCCCCGACCCCCGGCUCGGGCCCGGGCCGGAGCCCGCCUCGGGUCCUGCGCCGGCCUAGAAAGCGGGAGGAGCUGAGUGAGUGACAGCCCCCACCCACCUGUGGGCAGCCCCUUCUUGCCCUCACCUCGGAAUCCUGACAACAUCCCCAUCAUCCCGACCCUGCGUUUUCCUUGAGAUUCCGACCUCCCCUUCAGAGAAGACAGGAGGUCGGGAAGGACCUGCAGCCUAGGGGCUUCCAAGAUGAGGCCCAGAGACUCGGAUUAUCAAUGCAGAGAAAUCUGAAUUCAAUGAGGAUCAAGCCGCCUGUGGGAAGCUGUGCAUCCGGAGAUGUGAAUUUGGGGCUGAAGAAGAGUGGCUGCCCCUGUGCCCAGAGGAGUUCCUGACAGGCCAUUACUGGGCACUGUUCGAUGGGCACGGCGGUCCUGCAGCAGCCAUCUUGGCUGCCAACACCCUGCACUCCUGCUUGCGCCAGCAGCUGGAGGCCGUGGUAGAGGGCUUGGUGGCCACUCAGCCCCCCAUGCACCUUAAUGGCCGCUGCAUCUGCUCCAGUGACCCUCAGUUUGUGGAGGAAAAGGGCAUCAGGGCAGAAGACUUGGUGAUCGGGGCAUUGGAGAGUGCCUUUCAGGAAUGUGACGAGGUGAUCGGGCGGGAGCUGGAGGCCUCAGGCCAGGUGGGCGGCUGCACAGCCCUGGUGGCUGUGUCCUUGCAGGGAAAGCUGUAUGUGGCCAAUGCUGGGGAUAGCAGGGCCAUCUUGGUGCGAAGAGAUGAGAUACGGCCACUGAGCUUCGAGUUCACCCCAGAGACUGAGCGGCAGCGGAUCCAGCAGCUGGCCUUUGUCUACCCUGAGCUUCUGGCUGGCGAGUUCACCCGACUGGAGUUCCCUCGGCGGCUGAAGGGGGAUGACUUGGGACAGAAGGUUUUGUUCAGGGAUCACCACAUGAGUGGUUGGAGCUACAAACGUGUGGAGAAAUCGGAUCUCAAGUACCCACUGAUCCACGGACAGGGUAGGCAGGCUCGGUUACUAGGAACACUGGCUGUCUCCCGGGGCCUGGGAGACCAUCAGCUCAGAGUCCUAGACACAAACAUCCAGCUCAAGCCUUUCUUGCUCUCUGUCCCACAGGUGACUGUGCUGGAUGUGGGCCAGCUGGAGCUACAGGAGGAUGAUGUGGUUGUCAUGGCGACUGAUGGACUCUGGGAUGUCCUGUCCAAUGAGCAGGUGGCAUGGCUGGUGCGGAGCUUCCUCCCUGGGAACCAAGAGGACCCACACAGGUUCUUGAAGCUGGCCCAGAUGCUGAUACACAGCACACAGGGAAAGGAAGACAGUCCCACAGAGGAAGGGCAGGUGUCCUACGAUGACGUCUCUGUGUUCGUGAUUCCCUUGCACAGUCAGGGCCAAGAGAGCAGUGGCCACUGAGGAUUCAGACACCGUAUCCCAGAACUGCUCCAGUGCCGGGGUGUGGUCUGGGCAUCCCUCCAGUGUGACCAAGAGCAAAUCCUGCCUGCCCUUUCCCUAGCCACAGCCCAGUGCUCUCACUAUGCACCUCAACACACAUCCAUCUCAAGAGGAACAUUUAUGCCAGGCAGUCAGAGCUGGAAGGGUAUGGAGAGCCUAGCCCUCCAGGUCCUGCCUUUUGCGGUGAUAACCUCUGGCAGAGUGACUUCACAAGUUAACUAGGAAACCCAUGUGAGGCUCCUCAGACAGGAUCUUCAACAGCCCAAAGUAUCAUUCUCAGAUAGGGGCACCCAGGCUAAGGGUAUUAGCCAAAGAUGCCAGGAUGGGCAGCUAACCCAUGUUUAGAUCCAGGUCUCCAAUUCAUGGAUGUCAGGGCAUGCAUUCAACAACCCCCAAAGGCCACGCAGGGUGGCUUUUAGAAACCUUUGGGCAGCCUCAUGUCUGCCAAAACAGCCAUCUUCAAGACAGCCCCUGAAAAGAGACCAACUCAGGUCCUGCCCUGCUGUUCUUUGCUGGAGAUGAGGAAUAGGCUCUGGGGCUAAAGUCUGGGGUAAAGCACAAGGGACUAGAGGAACUCUUGGAGUUGGCUGGGUGAGUAGUAGCCUGCCUCCUAACUGGUUGCUUCUCCCUAGUUCCAGCCCUGCCCUGGUCUGAUGCCCCAACACUGCCUUUGCUUUGUUGUUCCGUCACCUCCCUAUUAUUAAAUGUUUUCUACAGAAGA